CACAGUGGAUCUCAUCGUAUGCAGUUUGAGCACGUGACCAAAUUAGACGAAGCAAAUCGAGCGCGAGUUGGUGUGGGCUUAGCUUUAGUUCGCGAGUGUUUUUUUGUGACAUGUUCAGUAAUUUGCCGAAAAGGUGCUUCUAAGAGGACAACCUGGGAGCGACGUCCGGACCCGUCCCGACUCCGGGCGGGUUUUCUCCAGUGAUCUCAGCGGCAAAGACGCUUUCGCUGAGGGAAUCGUCGUGUGCUGAGGCUUUGUGGAAGAUGCCCCAUAAAGAAAGAAAUGUCUGGAAUACGUCACCAGGAAGAAAUAAUAACAAAUUAAAACAAAAUGUAACGAAAUAUAUGGCACAACUAACUAAUCAUGGUGUUCUUGAACAGAAUACAGACUUUUCUCGAUGAUGUACUGUUUUAAUUUAAAUUUAAAUAAUAUGAGAUUUGAAACGGAUUUCAGAAUUUCAGAGCACCUUAGCUUACCUUAUCACCUCACAGAAGCAAGCAGUGCAAACAGGAUGAAGGACGUAUGUUGCAGAGAAGAGGACCUCAUGCAUCACGCUUCCAUGGGCCAGAACACGAUUUUCAGCUGCUCUACAGCCGGACACAGUGGCAUCAAUCAGUUGGGAGGCGUUUACGUGAACGGAAGACCUCUGCCCGAUUCUACCAGGCAAAAGAUCGUCGAAUUAGCCCAUUCGGGAGCCAGACCGUGCGACAUCUCCAGAAUUCUCCAGGUCUCGAAUGGAUGCGUGUCUAAGAUUUUGGGGAGUAUUGCCCCCAGAUACUACGAGACCGGCUCCAUCAAGCCCCGCGCCAUCGGCGGCUCCAAGCCUCGGGUAGCUACCCAGCCCGUGGUCAACAAAAUCGCCGAGUUCAAAAGAGAAUGCCCUUCGAUAUUCGCUUGGGAAAUCCGGGACCGACUGCUUUCAGAAGGAGUGUGUAACAACGACAACAUUCCUAGCGUCUCCUCGAUCAACCGCGUCCUGCGAAAUCUGGCGUCCCAGAAGGAGCAGCAAGCCUCAGCCCAGAACGAGAGCGUCUACGACAAGCUGCGGAUGUUCAACGGCCAGACUCCAGGGUGGGCCUGGUACCCGGGCACCCCCACGGCACCCCACCUGGGCCUGCCGCCUGCCCCCGCCGCCCUCACCACCCAGAUAUCCAGGGACGAUCUGCAAAAGCGAGCCGACGCAAUGCACGAAAACACGUCCGAUGGAAAUUCAGAACACAACUCUUCGGGCGAUGAGGACUCGCAGCUUAGGCUCAGGUUGAAGAGGAAGCUACAGAGAAACAGGACGUCUUUCACCAACGAGCAGAUCGAUAGUCUGGAGAAAGAAUUCGAGCGCACGCACUACCCCGAUGUGUUUGCCAGGGAGCGUCUUGCCGAGAAAAUUGGAUUACCUGAGGCACGUAUCCAGGUCUGGUUCAGCAACCGACGGGCUAAAUGGCGUCGCGAAGAAAAGCUGCGCAAUCAGCGAAGGGCUGUUGAUCAAGUGGGUGCCGUCAGCCCUCCGGCGUCGACCGGUCGUCUACCCAUCAACUCCGGCUUCAACUCCAUGUAUUCGUCUAUUCCGCAGCCCAUCGCUACCAUGGCGGACACGUACAGUUCCAUGUCAGGGGGCUUAAGCAGCAGUUGUCUCCAGCAGCGCGACGCUACCGGUUAUCCUUACAUGUUUCACGACCCGUUGCACUCUUUGAGUUCUUCGUACAACUCGAGGGCUACGGCUUGCAAUCCUGCAGUAGCUCACGCCCAGCCGACUACUCAUCCCUCUUAUGCUUCUGGCACAACACCGACUUCAGUACCUGCCUCCACCGGAACCGGCGUGAUAUCGGCAGGGGUUUCCGUGCCCGUGCAGAUACCCAGCCAGACGCCGGAUCUCUCCUCCAACAUCACGUCGAACUACUGGCCCAGGAUUCAGUGAUCUCAACUUUUCGGGUUUCCGCCGCCGAGCAUCCUCGUGCACCAGGACAACCCGACUCUGCAAACCUCGAUGACUCCUCCGGUGAUUCCGGCGACGGCGGCCGAUCAGGAGUCGUCUUAAUGGACGAAAGCGCCACCUGAACGGUAUUGGAAGAAGCAGUGGCCCCACGGACUGCAGGGUACUUGUGAAUAGUGUACAUAGCGCGGGACUCAGUGUAUAGAGGGACUGUUUUUGACUCGGAACGCACAUCUUCAGGGUGAUGUUUCAAUCAGUUGCAAUAAUUGGGUUGCGCGGACUUGGGGAACCCAAACACAUUUCUUUCUCUGGUACGAUAAUUUUUGUUUGCAAUAGUCACGGGAAUACUUGUCUUUGAAAUAAUUGCAUAGCAAUAAUUAUAUGUCUUACUUUAAGCCAUGUUUGUAAUAUUAAAUAGAUGUUAUGGACUGUGUUAACACAAUCAAAUUUUAGGCAGUUUUUAGUUCCUAAAAUGCAAUGCUUAUUAAUCGGAUCUUUUUUAUGAUAGUGUAUAGUGAUAUAUUUCAACAAGUAUUAUUCAAUGUCGUGUAAAUUAUUGUUGCUGUGAUUAACUUUAAAUUAUACAUUGAAGUUUUAUGUAGUUUAGAAUUUGCUGUUUAGAUGUGUAUAAAUUA